UUGAAUUUUCGAGCGAUUUGUGCGCGCAUUUUCAACAAGUGUUUUUAUUGAGUGUGUGAGUGCGAGUGCGGCAAACAAUAUACAAGAAAUAACAAUUAAAUGACCGUAACAACGACAACACCACAGCCAACAUUCUAGCACGAUCAAAAACAACAAUAACAAGCUCUAUAGUAUGUGCCCUGUAUAAAGCAACCAAAAACUAAAUUAAUAACUCAUUGCAAAAUAUUGCAAAAACAAAAAUAAUAAUAGUAACAAGUACGUCAAGCGAAAUGUGCAAAAGUUGACCAACCGUGAGCGACUUACGAAUUUGUUAUUACAACAACAACUACUUGUACUUGGUGACUGUAACGGAUUUUCACACAAAACAUUACAAACUUUGUCGUGGACUUCGGCACUUAACGACGUUCCAUUCGAGUUCCGUUCCGGUUCCGUUUGACUUGCGCUCUCCGUGGCACAUUUUCAAAAUCUUGUGAAACUUCUUAACAUAAGCGGUCCAUUAAAGUAACCGACGCCACAGUUGCCGAUUCUGAUGACGACGCACCCGCUACAAAGCCGGAAAUCCAAGCUCAGAGCAUGCGUCUCUUCAAAUCUGCGCGCAAAUCCAACGAUACAUACAACACAGUAGCAGCAGAAGAAGAACAGGCGCACGACAACAGCUGCAGCUGCAGCAGCGGCAGCAGCAGCAACAACCAUUGCAGUUGCAACCGCAGCAACAGCAGCUCUCGGAGCAGCAGCAAGUGUAAAAAACGGCACACCUUAGCAACAUGCACCAGCAAGUUCAGCAAGAGCAUUACGGGCAGCAACGCCAUAUCCUCAUCGCUGCCUGAUCUGCACGACAAGUCGCCAGUCAUGAUACUCAGCUGCACCACCUUGACCAGCAAUGGCAGCAGCAGUACUGCCGCCGCGGCAGCAACAGCAAAUUCGGCGUUAACAAGCGUCAAUAGCAACAGCAACAGCAAUAGCAACAAUGCGCAGCCGUUACGCACGGCCACGCCCACAUGUCUAAUAAGCGGACGCCAGACACCAUCGGCCAUGUCGGUGAUGUCUCUGCAAGACGCCACGAGCGUACGGCACCAGCAACAGAUGCAACCGCAACAACAACAUCAAGCCCCACAUCCAACUAUCUAUGUGCCCGCCAAGUUGGGAAACAAUGGCGCGAGUGCCACUCUGUUGGUGAGUUACGGUGGCAGCAGUAACAAUAUCGCUAGUGUACACCAGCAACAACACCAACACCAGCAACAACACCAACAGCAGCAACACUAUCAGCAGUAUGUGACUAACAAUGCGACGCUUCUGGUCCAGCGCAUGCAUGCCACCUCGGCGUCCAGCAGCUGUCUCUACGAGUCGAGCAGCGGUGGUAACGGUCCAGGGAGCAACAUCUCACGGGCCCCCGAUGGUCAUAUGCCCGAUUAUAAAUUGGUCACAGCUGUACCCGUCGUUGUCUUGGAUGAUGAACAAAAAGUGGUAGCCUCAGGAAAUGCUGCCGCGCCAGCCACAGACUCCAAUAACAGCAACAGCAACUCGCUUGCCAGCACCACGCGCAACGUCUUCACCUGGGGCAAGCGCAUGAGUCGCAAACUGGAUCUACUGAAGCGUGGCGAUGCCGCCGCUACCGCCAACACACACAAGUCCCACAGCGAUCUGCGCAGCCUCUUCCACUCGCCAACGCACCACAAGAACGGUACCAGCAACAAUGGCAAGCCUGCUGGCUACCAAAACAAUACGCUCAAGAAGUGCAAAUCAGGACCCAUAGAGACGAUCAAACAGCGACAACAGCAGCAACAACAACAGCAACAGCAGCCGGUACCGAGUCAGAGCGCUCAAUCCACGCCUACACACCAGCAGCAGUCACAGUCCCAUUCGCAUUCGCAUGCGCAGACCCACGUGCCGCGCCCCCAAAAGGCGCUCAAGAAUUUCUUCCAUCGCAUUGGCUCUACGGGAAUGCUUAACCAUCGCUCGCACAAUUUAGUGCGCGCCUCGGCGCAAGAGCAGGCCACACCCACAACUACGACACUAUACCGCAGUAGCUCGACCAGCCAGCUGUCCAGCUACAUCAAAUGCGAUGAUCCCACUGAGGGCCUAAAUCUUCAGACCCAGCAGCGACUGCCGCGGCUAGGCAAUGCGGCCAGUCUGAAGUCCAGCAGUUGCGACGACAUAGCUAAGGUGACCAGCUGCCUGGCUGCCAGCCAAAGUAGCAACAGCAGUGGAGCCACUAGUGUGGGGUCACCCAUUAAUGGGGAGAGCCAGAAUGGUGGCCAGCAGGCGCCACAGGAGGCUGCGCGUCGCGGCGCCUUCCCUUACGCGUUUCUGCGAUCGCGACUCUCGGUACUGCCGGAGGAAAAUGGUGGCUCUGUGCUUCUCAAGCAUCAGCAGGCUUCACUCAGCAGUCUUCUAGAGACCCCCUCACCGCUACCACAGCGCCGUUCCCCUGACCAGCAGCAGCAACAACAACAGGUACUAUUGCAGGACUCGAUAUCCAAUGUGUCCCGCAACAAUAGUAUCUCAUCGAAGGACUGGGAACCACUUUACCAAAGAUUAAGUAGUUGUCUAAGUUCAAAUGAGUCGGGCUACGACAGCGACGGGGGCGGGGGCGGCGGCGGUGGUGUACGCCUGGGCAAUAAUCUUAGCAUCUCUGGCGGAGAUACAGAAUCUAUUGCAUCGGGCACGCUAAAACGCAACUCCCUCAUCUCUCUCGCCUCGUCGGAGGGCGUCGCAAUGGGCAUGGGCGGAGCACGCAACAGCAUAUGCAGUGCCCCCGUUUCGCUCGGGGGGUACAAUUACGACUAUGAGACGGAGACAAUACGGCGGCGCUUUCGGCAAUUAAAGUUGGAGCGCAAAUGCCAGGAGGACUACAUUGGAUUGGUGCUGUCUCCCAAGACGGUGGUAACCAACAGCAACGAGCAGCAAUAUCGCUACCUGAUUGUCGAGUUCGAGCCAUAUGGCAUGGCGCAAAAAGAUGGACGACUGCGCUUGGGCGAUGAGAUUGUCAAUGUGAAUGGGAAGCAUCUGCGCGGUAUCCAGUCCUUUGCUGAAGUACAGCGCCUACUUAGCACCUUCGUAGACAACUGCAUUGAUCUGGUCAUAGCUCACGACGAGAUUGCGACCGUCACCGACUUUUACACCAAAAUCAAGAUCGAUGGUAUGACUACAGCGUUGCAGCAGCAGCAACUGCGCAAGAGACUCAGCUACACGCAGCGCACACAGAGCACGGAUAGCUUAAACAGUAGCCAUGCAUUUGACUUACAAAGUCUGCAGGACCCCGAAGAAGUCAACACUCUGCCAGACGAUGUGCGCUCCUUGGCCAGCGAUAGCACACUACCCACGCCAAUGCCACUGAUGCAGCAUCGUCGCAGUUCAACUCCACGUCACUCACUGGAUGUCAGCGGGCCGGAGAACGAACUUCUGCGCCGCCGCGCACGCUCCUCCUCAGGUCAGCGCAGCUUGGCCCUAACCCCGCUUUUUAACAGUCCAGGUGGCUGCAGCUCACCAGCUAACUCUAACUCUAAUCCCGACUCCUACACACCGGUUUAUGCGAGUCGAGCCGCAAGCGUUUGUGUCUCGCUAGCCGACGAUGAGAAGUGGCAACUAUUGGCGCACAAACGCUGCUCCGAAGGCGGUCUCGUUCCCGAUCUGUCCGGCCGUACUUCUGGCCAGCGCAGCACCUCGCUCACCUGUGCCCUGGAACCACGACGUAGUGUGGGCGGGGUUAUAGCUGGCUCAGGUGACGAUGCAGUCGAUGGACAGACGAGUUCGCAAUUUGCCACGCGAACGCAUUACGCUCGCAAUUCGAUCAACUUGUCGAACUCGCAUUAUCGGUCGCUGCGUUUCGCGCACUCGCGGCUGAGCUCCUCAAGAUUGAGCUUGUUUAUGCAGGCGUCGGCAACUUCUAACCAACUUAACCCAAGCGAGACGGCCACUGGCACCCCUGACAAGGCCAAUACAACAUCACCAACAACAAACACUACUACUACAACAACUGAUCUCACUAAUAAUAUGGCGGCACAGAAACAACAGCAAUCACAACAACAUCAUUCAUUAUAUAUCAAGCACACGCCAAAGAGCGUUUCUCUCUUUGCGCCUAAUCCAUUUCAAAAUACAUCAUCAGCCUCCUCUAAUGGCAAUACAUCCAACUCAUUGGCGCCUCCCACUGCUUCGCUAAUGCAUCAUCGACCAUCGCUGCCCGUGGCCAAGCUAACCAUUCGAGACGAGGAAAUGGCCGAGGUCAUACGCGCCUCAAUGAGCGAGGGUAACGGGCGCUGCACCCCCAAGACGAUAACCUUCUUCAAAGGACCUGGCAUGAAGUCGCUCGGCUUUAGCAUUGUUGGCGGACGCGACUCCCCCAAGGGCAACAUGGGCAUCUUUGUGAAGACAGUGUUCCCCUCUGGCCAGGCCGCGGAUGAUGGUACUCUACAAGCGGGUGACGAAAUAGUCGAAAUAAAUGGCUGUUCCGUACAAGGCAUGAGCCAUGCUGAAACCAUCGGACUUUUCAAGAACGUGCGCGAAGGCACAAUUGGGCUGAGGAUUUUGCGCAGGAAAUUACAAAAGGCAAAAUCGAUGGGCACGUAAGCAGUGGGUCCGAAGAUCAACAAAAUCUUUUAGUUAAGUUUUUAAACUCACAUUUAAAUGUACGUAAGCCCCCUAAUACAUACAUAUAUAUGAUUAAUCACGUUAUCGAUAUCAAAUUUGAUUAAUCAUGUUCAUGUUGAACUUGUAGUUAAAUUUUUCUAAACGUACAAAGCAUUGGUUUAUAUGCAUCUGUAUUCUAAAUAUACAAUUAUAUAUUUCAUUUAGUUAUAAGCUUUUUGUGAGGUACACCUCUAUGUAUAUUUACCUAUAUAUUAGUUAUAAUGCAUUACUAUUUUAAAUUAUUCACUAUGUUAGGCUUUUUGUGAGUUAAUUACAUUAAUUGAAAUAAAAAUGUUUAAAAACAA